CACCUUUAUGGUAAAAUGUUUAACACGAUAAGACACAUUUUGAUGAGGACAAUUUUAAUGUAUAUGCAUGCAUUUUUAAUUAUGUGUAUCAACAUAGAAGAAAGUGUUGAAAUAUGAUAACAGUGUCAAUUUUGCUGGCCAUUACAGUUCAUUUACAAAUAGUUUCAGGAGUUUUAAAUGAUAUAGUACCAAUCAGGGCUCAUAGAGGAGAAAAGGUGGUUUUGAAAUGUUCCAGUUCCGGAACUGAAAAGACUUGGUUCGGACCAGAUCUCAACGAUUCUGCUCAUGAAAGAACAUUGAUGUAUUUUUCGAAUCAUCUUAAAAACCCGAAACUGAAUCUAUCCAAUUACUUCGUUCAGGCAAAUGAAGGAAACUAUGACUUAACUAUUUUCAAUUUCCAAAAGGGAGGUAUAGGUCUUUAUCGAUGCAAAUUUCUAAAUAACAGAACGUUUGACGAAACUAAGUAUAAUGUUUCCUUAUUAGACGACGUCGUUGAAACAUCCAAGGACUAUGAAGACAGAAAGAAUUUAGAAAACACACCAGGCAUUCAAGUAAAUGUCAAGGAAACCAGUUCUCAAUGUAAGUACAUAGGAAAUAUCCAGCAAACACGAUACUUUUUCAAAAUCUGUUUUGUGUUAUUUUCAAUGAAAUAUAAUCCAAUGUUUCAUAAAGCAAUAGUUUUAUGA